ACAACCCCACUGCAUGUUGACACUGGAAAACAGCUGAGCAAAGACCAAACAACAAGCGUCUAUCAGACUUUAGCUACUUAAAGAAGUAUACAAUCUGAACAUUGACAUGGCACUUGAGGAAUAUUCACAAAGAAGCUAGCUAAUACAGUUAAUGCGAAGAGAAUAAAAAAAAUACGUAUUUGCAGCUUGGAAGAAACCAGGAAGAUGUUUGAGAAUUUCAAAGAGAGGUUGCAGACGGUGCAGCAAGAUUUCACAACGGGGAUGAAGACUCUGAGUGACAAAUCAAAGGAGGCCAAAGUAAAGCAGAAACACAGACAUGAACAUCUGACACAGUUUUCUGCUGGAGUAGAACUGCUCAGUCGGUACGAAGACACCUGGGUGACUCUCCACAGAAAAGCUAAAGAUUGCGCGAAAGCUGGAGAGACAGUGGAUGGAGAGGUGGUGAUGCUGUCUGCACACUGGGAGAAGAGAAGAGCAGCAGUGGUGGAACUACAGGAACAACUACAGCAGAUCCCAGGCUUCCUCACAGACCUGGAGACGUGCACCAACCGCAUCGCCCACCUGGAGGCAGACUUUGAGGAGCUGGAGAGCCGGCUGAUGUACCUGGACAACCUGUGUGGUCAGUGUGAGCAGCAGCGCUUCAGACACUUCCAGGUCCUGCAGCUGGAGAACUACAAGAAGAAAAAGAGAAAAGAGCUGGAGUCUCUCAAAGCCGAGCUGGACUCUGAGCACGCCCAGAAGGUGCUGGACAUGGAGCACGCCCAGCAGGGGAAGCUGAAGGAGAGGCAGAAGUACUUUGAAGAAGCUUUCCAACAGGACAUGGAUCAGUACCUCUCUACUGGCUACCUGCAGAUCACUGACAGAAGAGGGCCAAUAGGUAGCAUGUCUUCCAUGGAGGUGAACGUUGACGUUCUGGAACAGAUGGACCUGAUGGACGUGUCGGACCACGAGGCCCUCGACGUCUUUCUCAACUCUGGAGGAGAAGACGACAGCCUGACCUCCUCACUCACCUCAGGUCCAGACCCUGAGUCGUUGUCCUCUGAUAUCUCCCUGCGGGUGCCCACCCAGGCGGAACUGAGGAACAAGCAGUCUUCCUUCUCCUCCACGGAGCCAGGCUCAGCCAGCCAGGACACCAGCCUGGGGGAGUGCCGAGGGGAGGGCAGCGAGGCCAGUGGAGACGGAGACCAGCCCCUGGUACUGCCAGACGAGGAGGAAGUGCAGGCUGACACAGCCCUGGUGUUGUUGCCCGAGGCAGAGACGUUCAAGAACUCUGACGACAGCGACUCGCAGGCCUCUUAGGAGCCGUCACAGAGCUGCCCCCUGGGUGAGAACGGCUCUAGGGGGUAUAGGGUAGCUCCUAGACGCUGAUCUGGGGGUCCGUUUUGCAUUUUUCCCCAAAAACUUUUUUUUUUUUCUUUUCUGUUUUUUAUAAAUGAAAUGUAGCUUCCUUCCUUGUAUCCAAUUAUAUCUAAGUAAAUAAUAAUAAAGUUGUUUUGGAACAA